GGCCGGAAACCAGGCCGCCUACUUCCGCCUAUAGCCGGAAGUGCCCUGCCAUUCAAUGUAGAGGACUUCCGGGCGCUCUGAGGGGUAACCCGGGUUCACUAUGGCGGCCUCCGUAGUUGGGAAGAAGAUCGUAUUUGUCACAGGAAACGCUAAGAAGCUUGAGGAGGUCAUUCAGAUUCUAGGAGAUAAGUUUCCAUGCACUUUGGUGGCACAGAAAAUUGACCUGCCAGAGUACCAGGGAGAGCCGGAUGAAAUUUCCAUACAGAAGUGUCAGGAGGCGGCUCGCCAGGUACAGGGGCCUGUACUGGUGGAGGAUACCUGUCUGUGCUUCAAUGCCCUCGGGGGACUCCCUGGUCCCUACAUCAAAUGGUUUCUGGAGAAGUUAAAGCCUGAAGGUCUCCACCAGCUCCUGGCUGGCUUUGAGGACAAAUCAGCCUAUGCACUCUGCACCUUUGCUCUCAGCACUGGGGACCCAAGCAAUCCUGUGCUUUUGUUCAGGGGCCGAACCUCGGGCCAGAUUGUGGUGCCCCGAGGCUGCCGAGACUUUGGCUGGGACCCAUGCUUUCAGCCUGAUGGAUAUGAGCAAACGUAUGCCGAGAUGCCCAAGGCGGAGAAGAAUGCCAUCUCCCAUCGCUUCCGGGCCCUGUUGGAACUACAGGAGUACUUUGGCAGUGUGACUUCUGGGCCUGGAGGAGACCACUCAGGCCGGGAGACUGGGGAGAGCUAGCCUGAAACCUCCUGGGUCAGGCAAGCAUCCCUCCAAGGACAUCCAUCAGGAGGUUCUCCUUGGUGGGGGUGUCAGGCAGCCUCACCAGCCUGAUCUGGAAGAACAGCUAGUUCUGCUUAGAGGGACUCUGGGCAAGCUGAUGCCUGUCUCUUGCUUUGGGAAUUCAGUGAUUGCUCCUGCAGCCUCCAGGCCUGGGAUUCUAAGAGGACCUGAAGUGUUAAAACCAGCCUUGGCAGGAUUGUUUGGAUAAGAACCUCACAGUCUUUGAUGUUUGGUGGUUGUUUCUUUUUUUUAAUUGCAGCAAAUGAAAAUUCUGGAAGGCACAUGUUUCCAAAAUAAACUGAGCCCUGCCCCAGGCUGAUGGAUGUCUGCCUUCUGAGUCCCUGUUGACAGGUGCGGGAAGCCUUCUGGGUGGAGGUGGCAGAAAGGGCAGCACUGUCACUUGCCCUUGCUAGCUGGCAUGUUACAUCUUCUGUGCUUGGACUCACUCUUCUCAUUCUUGAAGUUAUGGAUCAUGGGCUGCCCUCUUCCAUGCCAAAUUCAUGCUGUCCACCCUUACCUCCCAGUUAGGUGAUACCUCUGCCAGGUGACCUCUGUAGUCUUUGAUGGGUUGG